UUGACUCAGCGGGGAUGUCUCAUGGCACAACUCCGAGUAGUUGAACAGCAAACGCAAAGUCUUUGCCAAACUUCGGCGACCGUGGUUCUUCUCCCUCUGGAAGUCACUUUGUCUGGGGCUGCCGAGUUCCCAAACAUGGAGGCCGGCCUGUCGUAGGCGAACGGCUCUUGGUAUCGGUGUGUUGCUUCAAGUUGGCUCAGUCCAGCGGCCGUUCAACGCGACCACACCCUCCCCGCUUCCUCAUAGCGCCACUUUGAAUCUCUGGGAAUAACGGCCGCUUCUCCCGAACUCAUUUUUUUUUCAUUUUUGUGGGUCGGAGGAGGGGACGCCGCCGCCUGUUCUCGCAAUUGGAUUACAUGUCGGACGACCACCGAGCGGUAUGGAUAUACGAAGCGAAUGGUCCCAGAGUGUAUGCGGGCUUUCACGCGCUCCGGUCCGGUGUUAAGACACCAAGGAGGCGGUGGACGAAAUAACGGACGGUGCCUAUGGAGUCGAAGCGAGCGCUAGCGUGUAACCCGGGCUUGUGUUUGAAGAAGACGAGGUUGAAACUGGACGGUGGGCUCGGCGUGGAUGGACUUUAACCAACAGCGGGAUUCGUUAAACGAUGGCGCAGGAGGGAAAGCCACGUCUCCUCGCUGUCCACAAGUGCUGCCCGGGUGGUGCCCCGUCCCUAACCAGCAUGAGUACCCCAGACUUACUGGGAGCCAGUCGGCCAAGGUGCUGUUCUCGGUCAGCCCUCAUUCGAGCGGACAUAAAAUGAUAUCCUAUUGAAUAAAUACGAAAGAGACUACACUUAGGUAUCGAAAAGGUUUGUCAUCACCCCCCAAUAAUAACACAUAGAUCAGUAUAAUCUCUAAUUUGACCAAAUGGCACAGAAGCAGCCCCCCUACUAAUUUAAUAUAAAGUGGAAAUUUGUUUGUAAUUAUUAUUUUUUUUUUUUAAUGAGAGUUGCAUAUUUUUGGUCUGCACUUUGCCUUUUGGAAGGCAUUUAGUUGGCACUGCAGUUUGAGUGAUUUCGUUUUAAGUUCAACCUGUGACUUUUUGUGUUCCACAACAGGCUGAGGCUAUUGUGAUACUUGCAUUUUCAAUUCAGGGCAUUUAUAUGAAUGGGCCAGAAUAAGUGCUGAUACAGUAGUAUUUUGAAAUGACUGGGGUCAAUAUUUGGGGGACAGUGGGAACCUCAUUCCAAUAAUGCAGUAAUUUUGUUUCGCUUUUCACCAGUGUUUCGCCAUAUUGUGAAGGAAUUUAAGGAAGACUUUUGGCCAGUUGUUGUUUUUUUUGUUUUUUUUGAGAGACUUUACCUUGCAGUGGUUUGAUAUGGAAAUGUCUUAAACAGAACAAUGCAGUUUGCAGCAACAGCAGAAAACUAUAAAUAACCCUGUCAAAAGAGCAUUUUGACCACCCCCACCCCACUACCCUCCUUAUUAUGGCUAGUGGUGGCUCCGGCAAAUCGGCUAGUGAGGGAUCCACCAGCACACCCAGUGGAAGUCUUCAGCAGAGAAAGCGUCUUUCGUCUAUCUGCGACACAUGUAAGGGCAAGAUGCAGCUGGUGGCCGACCUCCUCCUGCUGUCCAGCGAGACCAGGCCAGUCAUGACUUCUGAGGGUGUGGCGGUGGCCGACACGUUUGACCAGUGUCGUGACACGGUCAUUGCACGGACUAAAGAGCUCUCUAUUCUCACCCAUGACAUACAAAGCCAGCUCAACAUGGGCCGAUUCACAGAGGUAGGGGACCGCCUGUUGGAGAUGGCUGAUCUCGUGGUUUCUUUGACUGAAUGCUCUGCCCACGCUGCCUAUCUGGCAGCUGUAGAGACCGCCGGCUCGCAGCCUUGCUUGCCCGGUCUUGUGGACCGUUACAAAGUGACCCGUUGUCGGCACGAGGUUGAACAAAGCUGCAGCGUCCUCCGAGUCACGCCCCUGCUGGAUCUCACUCCCCAACUACUCCUCGAGCUCUCCCAGAACAUCUCCACCAACCUCAAGACUCUGACAGACAUCUCGUCGCUGGCCAGCGAAAGGUCCAGGGACCGCUUUGGAAAAGAGCAGUUCAAACUGAGUGUCAAGAGCAUGAGCACUAGUGGCACUGCCUUCCUGGCUUGUGUAAAAGAGGUGAAAACACAGCCCAGCGAGCUGACAAGGAAUCGUUGCGUCCUCUUCAGUGGCGCCCUGGUCCAAGCCGUCAACGCGCUGGUCGGCUUUGCCACAGAGCCUCAGUUCCUGGGGAGAGCUGCGGGUAUCUCCACUGAAGGGAAGGGUGUACAGACUGCAGUGUUAGGGGGCGCCAUGAGUGUCGUUUCAGCCUGUGUCCUCCUCACCCAGGGACUCAGGGAUGUUGCCCAGCACCCCGAGAGCAGCUCCAGAAUGGCCGACUACCGGGAGCGCCUACGGAACUCGGCAUGUGCUGUGUCAGAUGGCUGCACCCUGCUCACACAGGCACUCAGAGAGCGCUCGUCUCCGAGGACUCUGCCGCCAGUCAACUCUCAUUCUGUGACUUAGUUCACGGAGAAACAGUAUAAUUUCUGGUCCAACUAUGUCCUGUUUGAACAUACCAAAGAGACUUACACCUACACCCUGCUCAUCAGGAUUAGAAAAGGUUCCAAAAAAAUGUGCAAGGAAGUCUGGUGUCUGUUCAUGAAGUGCGCUGAAACAUCGAUGAGCAAGUUCUCUACAGGGUUUUGUGUCACGCUGGAUGUGACUUUAACCCAAGUAAUCAGGCCACUUUGCCACCAUCAGCCCAAAGCAGGCACAGCUCCCCUCCCUGCUCUUCACAAACUGACAGUACCUUCCUAUCCUGAAAAGUUUACCUCAGUUUUCAGCUCUGGUGAAAAUGCCAGCCUCGACGUUGGAUGGAUGUAGCCUUGCUAUGUGAACCUAUGAUUGAUUGACUGACCUGCUCUAAGCCAUGUGCUUUGCAAGCUUGGUAGGAGUGACAAGUGUCAGAUUUUGUUUGUUUGUUUUGUUUUGUUUUUUUCUCAAUGUGUGUGAAUCCCUACUUGGUAAAAGCUGCUGUGAGUGUGCCAUAGGUUUUUACACAUUAUUAGACUUCACAUAGUACUUUAAUGUGUUUGACCAUGCAUGUAAUGGAGUAUUUAUUUCAACAAUUAAAAAUGUUUCUUAU